AAAAUAUAACAUAUUUUUUGUAGGACCUCAAUUAAUUCCUGAGCUUAGAUAUUUUUGAUUAAAAAAUGGUCUAAUUGUCUUGCAGCAUAUGCUGCGGUCCGGAAAGAGUUAAAUAAUUAAUUAAUUAAAUAGAAUAUUUUUAAUUUCGAAUUAUUUCAUAUUUGAAUCUCACUUGCAAUAUGCUGAUUUGGGCUUAUCCUGGAUUUAUCUUUUGGUAUUUUUGAAAUUCAACUGGCGGUUUUUGGUUCAUCAACCAGUCACAGAAUCAACUUUAGCACUGCCAAUCGGCCAAUCCAGUAAAAUGCGUAUUAGCAAAGUAGUUUUGUGCAAAACGCAAAACAAACGUGUAGCAUAAAAAAAACUUCUUGGUUGUCCCCAUAAAUUCUCCCCACCUAAGUGAAAAAAAUCUAUAGUGUGGAUUGUGAUCCUUAGUGGAAGCCCUCCAUGCGCAGAGACAAGACAGUUGCUCCCGAAAAAGUGAACAAGACGCACGGAAAAAAUCCAGAACGCAAAGAAGUAUUUCUUGGACAAUUGACAAGUAAAAAGGGACUGGGAAUAAUGGAUAAUCAGUUGAACGGGAGUCUCAGAGGAGAUCACCGUAGAGGUGAACUGGAGAGUCAAGUGUAUGGCCAGUGGGGCCAUGAAACUCCCAGGGACAGGAUUAUUCACGAAAGCAGGAGCUCCCGUGAUGCUUCUGCCAAACUCAGCUGGUGGGAUGCUUCAAUGGAGCAGAAUAUAAGGGCUGAGAAGCACGAGAAGGAAGCUGGUGAGAGAGAGGAGAGGAUGCUGGGAGAAACUGAGCGCCAUGAAGGGAUACUUGAGGAGAACCGUGAAGAAUUGAACUCACAAAUGCACGAACUGCAGACAAUGCAGGACUCUCACAUGGAUGAAGUGCAGAAGCACGAUUCAGAUACCAAUGUCCUGAGACAGGAAGUGGACCAACUCCGUCAGCGUCACCAGGAAAUUGAGAAUCUCUUUGAAAAGUGGCGCAAUCAAGUUGACAAUCGCAUUCAAGAAUCUUCUCUUCCACAAAACAAUUUCCGGUAUAUCAAAAUGAUUCUCGAAGGGAAAAUUGCUCGUGUCCAGGAGAAACUUCGAAUGGACCUGGAAUUGAUGGAAAAUCUCUCGGAAAGCAUAAAGGAGGAGAGCCUAAAGCCUCUUCUGAAGCAAUUCGAGCAAGAUCUCAAGGAGAUAAAAAAUGAAAGCGAUGAAGUGAAGAGUCUCUAUGACUGUGAAGCAAAAUCACAUUUGAUAACCAGGGAAGUCAUCUGGAACUCAAUGGCCGAAUCCAGGGACCAUCUAAUUCGAGACACUGUCGUAGAACUCCUCAAGCGGACAAGCCAGGAAAUUGACAAAUGCGAGGAUCGCUAUCAAGAACUCAUUGGUCUCAAAGCCACUCAUAUGAAAGCCUUGGAGCACUCUGGUGAUGUCCUGAGUGACCUUAUGAGGGAACAAUGGGAGCAAUGUGAGAAAACUAACUCCCAAUCAGAUCUCUGCAAUGAAGCAGCCUCUGAGGACAUCCCAGAAACACCUUCGAGGAAGCAUUUCCACGAGUAUGAUUCAAUUGUUAAUCAGAUGAGUAGCCAGAGGAUCAGUCCCCAUCCCAGAAAUGAUCCGGACCAAGGAGUUUCUUCCCGCUACGGCAAGAAAAAAAUUGCAUGGACUUGGACAUCUAUGGAGAAGACUUCCAAUAAAUAACUUAAUCCCUUCACAAAGGCUAAUCUGUGCCAUAUCUUAAAAAAAACACGAUUAAUUCAAUAAAAAAGCAUAAUUUGCGAAAUUUUCAAUUCUAAA